AUGCGCUUGUCUGUUCGUCUACAACUUUUGAUGAGUGUACCAAAAAACACUAAUAAAAAGUACUUCAAAUUUCGAACUUUUUUGACAGGGAAGAUCGCCACUAAGAAAAAAGCCUUGAAGAUGGCAGCACUACAGGACCUCGAGUUGGACGACAAGGAGUACGUGGAGUUUCUGCGCAAGCUCAUCAGCGUCUCGGAAAAAGUGCAAAAUGCGCCUGGCCUGGGACUCAUUCCUCAAGAAAACCUCGUGUCAGAUUUUGUACUGGAAGAGCUUAAGCCUUUCACAGGAACUGAACUAAGCGUCGAACGCGUGGAGUUCGUAGCUGGCCGUGGCAACGUUAUCAUCAAGUAUGCGCCGACUUCGGCCGCUAAGGACAAGACGCUGGCUUUCGUGGGCUCCCACAUGGACGUGGUGCCAGCCAACCCAGAGGGAUGGGAGAGAGACCCCUUCACUCUCACUGUAGAGGGCGAUAAGCUCUACGGACGUGGCACUACGGAUUGCCUGGGUCACGUAGCAUUGAUGACCUUGUUGUUCCGUGAGCUGGCCAAGCACAAGGUGCAGACCAAGACGCAGGUAGUGUGUGUACUCAUCGCCUCGGAAGAGAACAGUGAGAUUGAAGGCGUUGGCGUCGAGACGUUGAUGGAGUCGGGAAAGAUUGACUUUCUCAAGAACGGGCCCGUGUUCUGGGUCGACUGCUCGGACAGCCAGCCCUGCAUUGGUACGGCUGGUGCCAUUACGUGGACGCUCAAGGCUACGGGCAAGCUGUUCCACAGUGGCCUGCCGAACUUGGGCAUCAAUGGACUGGAACUUGCUAUGGAUGCGAUGGCUAAGAUUCAGGAGCAUUUCUACAAGGAGUUCGGACCUGUGGAUAAGGAGAAGGAGUACAAUUACUCUUGUCCGUCCACAAUGAAGCCUACGCGCAUUGAAUCAUCGGUCAACGGGCUCAACCAAAUUCCGCCAUGGGCCAAGGUUGCCGGUGAUGUGCGUCUGUCUCCGUUUUACGACAUGAAGGAGAUGAUUGCCAAGAUGACUGCUUUUGUGGACGAUCUGAACGCCAAUAUCACGUCUCUGGAGGGAAACCGUGGACCAGUCUCCAAGUAUACGCUCCCGGAUGAAAACCGCAAGGGCAAGCUGGAGCUGGUGUUCGACAAGAGCUACUACGAAGGCAUCGCCUGCUCGCUGGAUUCAACCGGCUACAAGGCUCUGCACUCGGCAAUCAGCGACGUUCUUGGAGAGGCGAAGCCAUUCUCCAUUAGCGGAAGUCUGCCUCUUGUUCGCGACAUGCAGCGCGGUGGCUUUGACCUGACGCUCGUUGGCUUUGGCAAGAGCUCAGUGUACCACGGUGACAACGAAUACUGCCAGCUGAGCGAUAUGAAGGAUGCCAUGAAGAUCCUUGCGCUCACGAUCGCCAACGUCGAUGCUGCUGAGAAGUAA